UUUGAUAUUUGCAGGAGGACCCAUUAUUGGUGUAGCUCGUUGAGAGUAAGAGGCAGCGCUGUCCUCUCCACUAUGGCACUUUGUUCUCCAACAUCAUCACCAUCACUCCAUUCUCUCCCGUCGCGUUUCCCAUCCCCACGGCGACUCCACGGAGGAACGACGCUGUUUCCGCCGCAACAACCUCUUCUCCCAAUGGCGUCGUGGUCGUUAUCUUCUUCCAAAACACCGUCUCAGUUACCUUCUUCCACUGUCAAACUCAACCGUAGCCACAACCACCACCGAAACUUCUUCAAAUUCCGCGCUUCCGCAACCUCUUCAUCGGGCAGUGGUAGCGGCGGUGCCAGCGUCGUUUUGUUGACCUCCACCGUCACGGUAACAUUAGCUGUAGCUAAUCGAGUUCUCUACAAACUCGCUCUUGUUCCCAUGAGUGAUUACCCCUUUUUCCUCGCUCAGCUCACAACUUUUGGCUAUGUUGCUGUGUAUUUUAGCAUCUUGUAUAUCCGAUACCGGUUAGGGAUUGUUACCAAUGAGAUGCUGGCGAUUCCGAAAUGGCGGUUUUUGAUUAUCGGGUUUUUAGAAGCUUUGGGAGUGGCUUCUGGAAUGUCUGCUGCAGUCAUGCUCCCUGGACCAGUCAUACCCAUAUUGAAUCAGACUUAUUUAGUUUGGCAGCUGAUGUUUUCUACUCUUCUCUUGAGGAGAAGGUACUCAAUCAACCAAAUUGCUGGGUGUUUACUUGUAGCUGCUGGUGUUGUGAUGGCUGUUACAAGUGGCUCUAAUACAGGUCAGAUGCUCUCCAAAGUUGAGUUCUUUUGGCCAGCACUGAUGAUUGUUUCUGCUGCCUUUCAAGCGGGAGCUUCUAUAAUCAAGGAGUUUGUUUUCAUUGAUUCUAUCACUCGGUUGAAGCACAAGUCACUGGAUAUUUUUGUGGUCAAUUCUUUUGGAUCUGGGUUUCAGGCUCUUUUCGUGCUUCUCUUUCUACCUUUGCUUUCUAACUUGAAAGGCAUACCAUUUGUUCAACUUCCUUCAUAUCUUAAAAGUGGUGCGGGUUGCUUUCUAAACAUUGGAGCUGAUACAUCAAGUUGUGCUGGUGCUCCCUUACUUCCGCUACUUUACAUAGUUACCAAUUUGGCAUUCAACAUAUCCCUGCUUCAAGUUUUGAAAUCUUCUUCAGCAGUUGUAGCUUCUCUCGUGUUAAUGCUCUCAGUGCCUGUUUCUGUUUAUAUUCUUUCCCUCCCAUUACCAUAUCUUCCUGAGGCAACAAGCCUGAGCCCAUUUUUCCUGCUUGGAUGUGGAGUUCUUGUAUGUGGUCUUUAUCUGUACAACACAACUCGACCUGCGAGAAAUAGUUCUGAAAUUGACUGAAACAAACCACUUUAUGUAACCAAUGCUGAGAAGAAAACUAGCAGGUAGGCACUUUGCCGGUGAAUAUAGGUUCUCUGGCUACAUCCAAAUUAUACAUAUUCUGUAUUAUUACGAUUAUUCUUUAUGAAAGAAUAUCAAUUCAGCUUCUAGUUUAUACA